AUGUGCACACCGUCGUGGAACCAACAUAUUCCUGUGUACUGCGGGUCAUGUUUUGCGCACGGGGCGCUGGCCUCGGUGAACGACCGCAUCAAGAUCUUACACCACACACUCGGAUGGAAGCGACCUGACGUGAUGAUGGGCCGGCAAAGUUUUCUCAAUUGCGCUCCGGGGCAUGGCUUAUCGCAUGGCUGCAAGGGCGGCGAGCCCGCCGACGUGUACGAGUUUAUGCGUUUGUAUGGCCUUCCCGACGAAACCUGUUUACAUUACAAUGCCACGGACCACACCAAGUACAUCACGUCGUCAAACCCGAACGGCACGUGCCCCCCGGAAGGCUAUUGCAUCGACUGCAUGAAGACACCCGACAGCCCCGACACGCCGGUGUGCUUUCCAGUGACUCAAACGAUUCGAUAUCGUGCCAAGGAGUAUUGGCGCCUCUCUGGCGAACAUGCGAUGAUGAAGGAGCUCCAGCACGGUCCCAUUACGUGUGGCAUGGCGUGUUCUAACGAGUUUGUGUUCAACUACACUGCGGGCAUUUUUCGCGACACGACCAACUUUACUGAGUUGGAUCACGAUGUCGAGAUUGUGGGUUAUGGCGAAGACUCGCACGGUGUCAAGUACUGGCACGUGCGCAAUUCGUGGGGCACCUACUGGGGCGAGCAUGGCUUUUUCAAGAUCGUGCGCGGGGAAAACAACUUGGUCAUUGAGAGCGACUGCCAUGCCAUGGUACCAGACGUGGCGGACGAUGUGUUUGUGUGGGACAAGGUGCGACCUGCCUACGGUGGCUCGAUCUAUGGCUUGCGACCGUACGAUCAGACGAAGAUUGCGCGCAUUGAGCGAACCCUGGGCAACACGAGCUACAUCUCGUGGAACAACACGCAACAUUUUACCCACGAAUUGCUGCACAAGCCCAAACACCCCAUGCCGAUGAAGUUGGGGGCUACUGCGGCCUCAACGUGGGGGCAGCUUGCUGUGGUGGCCGUGGUCGCUGCAGCCAUUGGAAUUGUGGCGGGGGUCGUGGGGACGAGUUGUCGCCACGCACUGUACGAACGCAUUGCGUGA